UCACAGAAUAGAUCAAGAGUAUGAAGUUUAUUACAGCUUUGAGUGCUGCUGGAACCAUACUUCUCAACAUAGCAGGAUCUCUCUGCCAGUUAGAUGUGUGUGGUCAAGCCCCUCUUAACAGCAAGAUUGUUGGAGGACAAGCCGCAGCGGCAGGGUCUUGGCCGUGGCAAGCCAACCUUCUUAUCACCUGUGACGGGGGUCAGUGCUUGUGUGGUGGGAGUUUAAUUAACAAAGACUGGGUUUUAUCAGCAGCUCAUUGCUUCCAGGGCUCUCUGGGUACCAUUCGGAUCUACCUGGGACGUCAGAGCCAGUGGGGAUCAAACCCUAAUGAAGUUCUCAGGACAGCAAGGACAGUUGUCAACCAUCCUGACUAUUCCGAUUCUACACACGACAACGACCUAGCACUACUUCAGCUCUCUUCUUCUGUGACCUUCUCUGAUUACAUUAGGCCGAUCUGUCUGGCGGCUGCUGGGAGUAAUUUCGCCGCAGGUACAAACAGCUGGGUCACCGGCUGGGGAACACUACAGUCAGGAGGUUCGAUUCCUAACAUCCUGCAGGAGGUCAUGAUACCAGUUGUGAGCAACAGUGACUGUGAUGAUGCUUAUGACUCUAUUAAAAUCACAAGCAAUAUGAUUUGUGCUGGAUUGUUAAAUCAGGGAGGAAAAGAUUCAUGCCAGGGCGACUCUGGAGGUCCGUUGGUGAUUAGAAACGGCUCUCUGUGGAUUCAGCCCGGUGUUGUGAGUUUUGGUAUUGGAUGUGCUGACCCCAAAUAUCCUGGUGUGUACGCCAGAGUCUCUCAGUACCAGGACUGGAUCACCUCUACCAUAGGCAGCAACCCUCCUGGAUUUGUUCAAUUCAACAACAACGGGUUCAGAAGCUCACCCAACCUCCUUUUAAUUUCGGUUUCUCUCACAUCCUCCAUCAUUCCUUUUGCAUGCUCCCUAUAUCUCUCUACAUAAAUAUUGUUUGUAUGA